GAACUACUUUUUUUGGUUUAUUCCAUAAAAGGGCAGAAUGUCAGCAGCUACUCCAUGCCUCUAACUACAUAGUGGUUAACUAAAGUACACCACUUUGUUAGAUACUGUUUCCCUCAGGACUCCCAUUUUCCCAAUCCCCCAAAAACUCAUCUUCGUUUCAUGGGGAAGAAGACUGGGAAUUCCUGGCUCAACGCUGUGAAGAAGGCCUUCAGAUCUCCCACCAACGAUGAUGACGACAAGAGGAGCAGCAGAAGACGACAACAUAACGAGCCAGAAGAUGAGGAAAAAAAAAGAGGGAAGAAGAGAUGGAUAUUUCGGAGGCAUUUAAGUCUGGAGACGACGAUCCAGCACAACGUUGUCAAAUGCGCGAAUUCUAUUUGCAGCGGAGAGGAGAAUUUGGUGAGGAAGCAGCCCAGAAUGGACACGGAGCAGAAGCGGGCGUUUGCGGUGGCUAUGGCGACCACCGCCGCGGCGGAGGCCGCCGUCGCAACGGCGGUGGAGAUCAUCCGGCUCAGUAGGCCGCCCCUUUUGGUCAAACAAGAUAAGGCUGCUCUUCUCAUUCAGAAAAUAUUCCGAGGAUACCUGGCAAGGAGAGCUCUAAUGGCGUUAAGAGGCGUGGUGAAGCUGCAAGCAUUAAUUAGAGGACACAAUGUCCGAAAACGAGCAAAAAUGACACUCCAAUGCAUCCAAUCUCUUGUCCGCGUUCAAGCCAUAGUUUGUGAUCAACGCCGCCGCCUGUCGUGCGAAACCACCGCAACCUUAGGCUCCAUGUUCCGCAACGACUCGAGUCGAGUUUCGAAUAGCUUGGACGUCGGUCCGACCGAGCUUGAGGAGAUCCAUGCUUUGAUUCAGAAGGCAAAAGAAUGCUCCCUCGAACAGGGCAAGACGCUAGCUCAUGCAUUGUCACAGCAGAUUUGGGCCACAGAGGUGGAAGAUUCAAGCAGGAAAACAGGGUAUAGUUGGAUGAGGAAAGAUAGGAAUCUAUGCAAUAAUCAAAGAGAUUCAAUCAAGACAAUUGAAGUUGAUUCCAUGUUCAUGCCAGCUUCUUUGAAUGGGAAGCGUCUCAAUCUGGCCCUUCAAUCUCCCAAAACUCCGACGACGAGGUCCAUCCCGUGCAGCCCCUGUUAUCAGCACGACACGCGCAGGAUGAGCAUGAGCGAGAAGUCUUGCCCGUUACCUCGGCCAAACUACAUGGCGGCCACUGCAUCGGCUAUGGCGCGUGUUAGGCCAAACAGCGCGCCAAGGCAGAGGCAGUCGAGCCCGAGUAGAGAGGUGGCCGGCUCGGCUAGGAAGCGCCUGUCCUUCUCUGCCCGUGAGUUUGAGCCUUACUACGGCACGGAUUGAGAUUUUGUGAUGCAACAAGGCAUUAAUUAAUGUGGCUAAUUUUCAUGAUCAAAAAGAGAUGUUGGAAUAGGUAGAUUGCACAUAGUUUUGACUGUAAUAAGCUCAGGAAACAAUCUUGGAUAUGCCCUCAAGUUCAACAACUCGUGUCUAAUCUUGAUUCUUGUUUUCAUGAAAUUUAUCUACCUUUUUGCUCUGUUGUUCUAUGUUAAUUUGAUUCCUUUUUAGGACAA